CCGCCCCCACCGCAAGUGGUGACUCCACAAGCACGUGCAGGGCGAACUGGCCUGUCUGGGCCCGUGAUCCAAGCGUUCUUCUCCAGCCCCACCCGCCCAAAAUGAACAGCUCGGACGAGGAGAAGCAGCUCCAGCUCAUCAGCAGCCUGAAGGAGCAAGCAAUAGGCGAAUAUGAAGACCUUCGGGCAGAGAACCAGAAAACUAAGGAGAAGUGUGACAAAAUCAGGCAAGAACGAGAUGAAGCUGUUAAAAAACUGGAAGAAUUUCAAAAAAUUUCUCACAUGGUUAUAGAGGAAGUUAAUUUCAUGCAGAACCAUCUUGAAAUCGAGAAGACAUGUCGAGAGAGUGCUGAAGCCUUGGCAACAAAGCUAAAUAAAGAAAACAAAACUCUGAAACGAAUUAGCAUGUUGUACAUGGCCAAGCUGGGACCAGAUGUCAUAACGGAGGAGAUCAACAUCGAUGACGAGGACGCGACCCCCGAUGCUGACAGUGUGGCCGAGACCUGCGUCUCAGUUCACUGUCAAAAGCAAAUCAAAGAGCUUCGAGAUCAAAUUGUAUCUGCUCAGGAGGAGAAGAAGGUAUUAGCGAUUGAGCUAGAAAACCUCAAGAGCAAGCUUGUGGAAGUGAUGGAAGAAGUAAAUAAGGUUAAACAAGAAAAAGCUGCUUUAAAUUCAGAAGUUCUUGAACAGAGAAAAGUCUUAGAAAAAUGCAACAGAGUAUCCAUGUUAGCAGUAGAAGAAUAUGAGGAGCUGCAAGUUAACCUGGAGCUGGAGAAGGACCUUCGUAAGAAGGCAGAGUCGUUUGCACAAGAGAUGUUUAUUGAGCAAAACAAAUUAAAGAGACAAAGCCAGCUUCUGCUGCAGAGUGCUGUCCCUGACCAGCAGCUAUUGAAAGCUUUAGAUGAAAAUGCGAAACUCGUCCAGCAACUGGAAGAGGAGAGAAUUCAGCAUCAGCAAAAGGUGAAGGAGCUGGAGGCGCGGCUGGAGAGUGAAGCCUUGCACAAGGAAGUCCACGCCCUCAGACAGCAGCUGGAGCUGCUGGAGGAGGACAAGAAGGAACUAGAACUGAAGUACCAGAGCUCCGAGGAGAAGGCCCGGAAUCUAAAGCAUUCUGUGGAUGAACUCCAGAAGCGAGUGAACCAGUCGGAGAAUUCAGUGCCUCCCCCACCUCCUCCACCACCCCCACUGCCUCCUCCGCCCCCCAAUCCUAUCCGGUCUCUCAUGUCCAUGAUCCGGAAGCGAUCCCACCCCAGUGGCAGUGGUGCUAAGAAAGAAAAGGCAACUCAGCCAGAAACAACUGAAGAAGUCACGGAUCUAAAGAGGCAAGCAGUUGAAGAGAUGAUGGAUAGAAUUAAAAAGGGAGUUCACCUCAGACCAGUUAACCAGACAGCCAGACCGAAGACAAAACCAGAAUCUUCAAAAGGCUCUGAAAGCGCAGUGAAUGAACUAAAAGGAAUACUGGGGACACUUAACAAAUCCACUAGUUCAAGAAGCUUAAAAUCCCUUGACCCCGAGAGCAGUGAAACUGAGUUAGAAAGGAUUUUGCGCCGCAGGAAGGUGACAGCCGAAGCAGAUAGCAGUAGUCCUACCGGGAUAUUAGCCACCUCAGAGUCCAAAUCCAUGCCAGUGUUGGGUUCUGUAUCCAGUGUCCCAAAAAGAGCCUUGAACAAGAAAACUCUGGAGGCAGAAUUCAACAGCCCGUGUCCCCUAACACCUGAGCCAGGUGAAGGGCCCCGUAAAUUGGAAGGAUGCACGAAUUCCAAGGUUACGUUUCAGCCUCCCAGUAACAGUGGAUACAGGAGAAAAUACACGGGCGGUGAAAAACAAGCUGAACCAGUUGUAGUGUUAGAUCCUGUUCCCACACAUGAACCCCAAACCAAAGACCAGGUCGCUGAAAAAGAUCCAACUCCAUGCAAGGAGAGUGAAGGCGAAAUGAAACCAGAAUGCAAAGAAGACAGCGGCGAAAAAAUGAGGGAGACAGACAGUUCCAGCUGCUGACCUGUUUGAAGUCCUGUUCAAGAAGCACAUGGUUCGUGUUGCUGUAUUGUCAAGGACCAUAGACAUUCCAUGUGUUCUGGUCACUGCAGACACACACAGACACACACAUACACACACACACACUUUCUUGGUAUCACUUUUUGUAAGUAGCAACUACACACAUGAGAUGUUUAGCAAAGUACACAUUCUGAGUAGAUUUUGAUCUUUAUAGGGAUAAGAUAUUUUCCUGGUUACUGUAUUAAAUAUGGCUUCAUUUAGAAGGUUACAGAAAAUUAAGAUGUCACUAUCUUUGUAGGAAAUGUGCAUACCACUCAUCAAACUUAAUAAUGCUUACCACUGAAGGUUGUUACAGAUGAUUGGAUAAACAGAACCAAGCAACCUAACACGCUCUUCAAAACCCCAGAACUGGAUGUGGCGGUGCACGCCUGUAGUCUCAGCAUCCGGGACACUGAAGCUAGAGGAUCGCGAGCCCAAAGAAUGAGACCAGUCUGGGCUGCAUAGCAAGACCUCCUCUCAAAGAAGACAAGGAAGGGGGAAGGAAAGGAAGAAAGGAACACCCAAAGACGACUCUGUUUGGGGUCUGGUCCUCUUGGUGGAGGAGCUGAGGCAGCAUGGAAAUCAGCGGUCUUGGGGCACCCUUGUCAUUUUCUAGGGUAGACUGCAGUAUACUGAGAACUAAGGAGCUGGCAGUAAGCUACUCGUCCCAAAGCCUUGUGCCCAAAGCUUGCCAAGGACUUCAGAGGGAAAGUUCUGUGGCCUGACUACAGAAUAGAGGUGAAGUCCAAACCUUGAAUUUAAUAAUACCUUGGUCAUCCAUGUUCUCUGUACCAUGAGUUAGCAGAGCUUUCCCAUUCACUGAUGUGACACACAGGUACCAUGUAUCGCAGUCCGUAUGCACAGUGAUGGAAAGGGACAAGCACAUACUUUUUUUUUCUUGCUUCACUGCUGUUCUACAUCACGCAAUUUAUUUUUUAAGAAAUUAAGUGGUCGUUUCUAAAAAUACAAUGUUUCAGGCUACCAGAGUGAAUAAAUAGAAAUAUAAUCAGGGAUUUAAAAAAAACUUAUGCAGCUUUUCAAAGUCGAUUGUUUCGAAAUUGGUGUUUAUUUAAAAUAAGUGGUAAUGUACUUGAAUGCACUUUAUGACAAUGAUUCAGUAAUGGUCAUUUUACUAUUAAAGAAAGUGAAAGGUUUAGUUUUGUUAGCAUGACUCAGCAUGUAGCUGUGAGGUGCUUCUCACCUAUGGGCAAAAGAAAAUGAUAGUCAUAAUUGCGGUAGUUGUGUUGUAUUGUAGUUUUUGCACGUGUGCUAAGCAUAGGCUUGAGGAGGUGGGGAGAUGGGUGAGGGCACCUCCUCAAUUUGGAGACAGCUAUCUUCCUGUAGGACUAAUCUGCUUGGCAAUUUCCAUGUUCUUUCCAUGAUGACUUUACAGUUCCCCAUCAGCCUGCGCUUGGGGAAUUAAAAUGUAAUGUUUUUCAACUGUGUGUUUUCCUAACUGAAUGAUCCUGCUACAUGAUAUGCUGACUACAAAUGGAUUCAUUCGUCUCGAUGAGUUCUAUUAUGCUGUGAUUUGAACUCUCUUCUCCACAAUGUAUUAAAAAAGAUGCAUCAGCAGUUUCUCA